CUGCAGCAAUUACAUCUUCAUAAACAGCGGCACCUCCAGCUGAGGGGCCGGCUGGCUGUCAGAGAGCCUUUCCUCUUUGCCCCCCUCCGGCUAUUGCUCGGACCCGCAGCGCCGCCUCACCUGGCAGCCCGCGGCCAGGCCGGGCAGCGGCCUACACCCCGUCUUUUCUGCGUGUUUACUAACACAGACCACAGGAAUCCACCUGAUGGGCCAACAUUUGCGAGGGAGAGGAGGGAGAGGGGAAAGCUGCAGCAGCUGAUCAGCAUCACAUUUGGACAGGGGUGCUUUCAAAACAAAGCGCCGUGCGCUUGUUCUAUUUCUGCAGGGAAGAGGCAUGAAAGGGAGUGGUGGGGGAAGGAGCAGGCCUCUGGUGACGUGCAGGGCCCGCAGGGCGGUGUUCACAAGGAGAAAGAGACGGAGCGGGGUGUAAACUCCUUGCUUUGCCUUUUUAUCAUCUUGAAAAUGCUGCUUAUCCUGCUCGGAGUGCUAGUCCUGCACCUAAUCAUUCUCGUCCUUCUCAUCGUGUCGACAGCAGCCAGUGCCUGGUCUGUAAGUGGAGAGCAAAGUACAGAUCUGUGGUACACUUGCGCAACAAAUUCUGGAGGCUAUCGCUGCAAGCCGGCCAGCAAUGAAGACUGGAUCCAAGCAGUGCAAGCCCUCAUGAUCCUGUCCCUCCUCUUCUGCUUCUGCUCCCUCAUUGCAUUUGUGUAUCAGCUGUUCAAGCUGGUGAAGGGAGGACGUUUCUUCUUCACAGCCAUCUUUCAGAUCCUGGCCAGUGUGUUCGUGAUGUGUGCUGCGAUCAUCUACACUGUGAUGACUCCGAAUUAUGACGCCAACGAACACUUCGGCUACGCCUACGUUCUGGCCUGGGUGGCUUUCCCCCUGUGUCUCGUCAGUGGGCUCAUUUAUAUCGUCUUGAGGAAGAAAGAAUGAGAGCGAGAGCAGAGAGGAGAAAAAGGAGGGGGAGUUAGGAGACGCCUAACCACAACAUCGCACUGUGCCUACUGCCCACAGACCAAAGACUGACAUCCCAACCAUACUGUGCACCAGUAUCUUUUACCUCCCAUCACAUUCUGAGAGAAUCACAGCUUUUCGUUUUGUGAAAUUCAACAAAGGCUAAAAUUUCAGUACACCUCUUUCCAGUUGUGCCAGAUUUUUUCUCAAUCUAUUUAGAAAUAUUUUGGUUGACUUCCCAACAUCCUACAAAUCCAUUGUGCGUAAUGGAAAGAGCUAUUCUGCCUCUAUUCAGUACAAAGAUGUACAUAGUGUCUGUGGUUUUAGACAUAUUUAUAACAUUUUUUUACAUACAUUGUGUACAUAGUGUCGUCAAGUUAACAUUGUCAUGCUCAUUUUCGUGAUAGAGUGUGUCUUUCACAAAUCAUGCCGCUGUACCAAAGAGAUGUCGCUUCCAUUUCCUGAGCUCAAGCUUUUUAAAAUGGUUUUACUCUUUUUUUUCCUUGUCAAAGUGCUUAUAAAUGCUGUGCCUUACUUAGAAUUUGUGUUUUCGUAUUGAAGGAAUUUAAAAAAUCACAGAAAAAGACCAAUGAAGUUUUUCUUAAUUCUCAUUGUAUUUAAUAAUCCCAAUAAAAAUGUUAUGCAUUUCUUAAUAUUAAAAACGGUGCUUUUUUCUAAAACCUGCUAUUCUUGAAAAGUGUAUUCCAAUUUGUGUUGCAAGUGUGUCAUGUCCUGUAAUUAAUUGCUUUGUACAAACGUAACUUUUUUGUCAGUAUUAUGAAUAAACAUUUUCAAACUA